AUGAACUUCGCCGCCUAUCAGUCACUUGGCUCUCGAAAUUCCGUCCAAGCAUCGAGCAAGCCGUUCUCUUCAACGGUUGACUUCAGUGACCCAUCGUAUGAUAUGCCCUAUUUUGCAAACGCCGAGGUGUUGGUUCCAAAAGCGCAAAACGUCCAGAAGAACGCAACAGUUCGGCGUACAUUCAUCUUCCAAGUCGACUACACAGCCUUCCUAAGAAGCCUCGAGUUCCCUUACGUUUCAGAAUUUACAAUUGAACCCAAAUCUCAAUUCACUGAUGACUAUAAGUGGAUCGGCCAAGAUGCAUCCUUCAUCAAAUGGAAGACCCUCAAGAAUGGACUGCUCUGGUUAAGAGGAUCCGAAGGAAGCGGAAAGACAACUCUGAUGAAGCAGGUUCUUCACACACGCAUGGAGGAUGAGCCGGACUCAAUCCAUUUGACAUACUCGUUUUCCCCUUCUGGCAGCGAUCUGCCCAGGACGCGACUAGGACUUUUUAAAGCACUGCUUCGCCAGCUCAUUCCACAGUCUCCCGAGACCUUCAAAGACAUCAAGGCCAGAUUCGACAAGAUCCAGUCUUCUCUGCCCCAAAAGGAACAAGUCGCUUGGGCUGCGCAAGAGCUUUAUGAUGAUCUCGUCAAGGCUCUUCCUAAGAUUCUAAAAACCCUUUCUAUCUACAUCUAUGUCGAUGGGAUCAACUACUCCGAAGGGGAAACAGCCAAUAAGCUUAUGCAAGACUUUUCAAAACUCAUAGAAAAGGCUCAGCCGACUAUGAAAGAGCCCAAACCAGCACACGGCCUGAGAAUCAUCUUUUCUAGUACUGUGUACCCUGCCCAAGACCCCUUCCCACGAUCGUACAUCCAGAUGGAUGACAAGAAUGGGCCGAACUUGAGAAAGUAUGUAGAAGAACAGCUUGCCAACUUUGACUUCAACACAAAGCAGUUGGUGGCUUCAAAAGCUGGUCCAUUUUUCAUCUCGGCUCGUUUGAUCGCCAAUCAUAUCAAACUCUUUGGGCCUAUGCAGUCGUCCCUUAUUCAACAGCCGUCUCCAACACCUGCUCCGAUCUCUUUCUUACUGGGCGCUUAUUUCCAGGAUAUGAAACAGCAGGGUAACAAGAUUCUCCUUACACUUCUCCACUGGUGUUGUUUAUCAUCGAGGCCGCUCACCUUGUCUGAGCUCCGGAUCGCCUUGACGCUUUCUACUGUGCCCAAGAUGGCGGCCAUCAAGGAUAUCACAUCUGGAGAGUUGUUCACUCGAUAUGCCUCUGAUGAGAACUUCCAGUCUUGGAUUAAGACAACUUCAUGGGGUCUUCUUGAAACUACGACUGUAGGUGGCCAGAAGGUUGUGAAGACUAUGCAUGGCAGUGUCGCUGCCUUCUUUAUCGCGAAGGGAUUAGACAUCCUCUCAUAUGGAUCACAGACCCCCGAGACUACAGCAUCCCACCUUCAGACAUCCCAUUAUUCUCUUUCUGCUUGUCUUACUCGUUACUUGGCGCUACUUACCAAGGAGCCAAACUGGGAGUCUGCAAUCCACACAGACUCUACCUUGCAGCUAGUGAAAUAUGCCGGAGCCAACUGGUCUUAUCACAUCUCUGCCGCCAGCUUGGGCAAGCCUGAAGCCUCAAAGAUUCUAAAGUUGUUAGAAUGGCCGUCAGAUGCCCUUCUCAAAGUAUUCAUCAAGCUUAGCCAAGAGGAUCCUGCCCUGGGCAACCUUCAAGGGACCUGGAUUCACCUCUUUGCAGUCCAUGGGCAUUCUCGUCUCCUUUCAAUCGCCGUCAAGAAAGUAGGAAAAGACGUGAUGGAAGCGCAAGAUAUCCAGAAAAGGACUCCUUUGCAUCUAGCUGCUCUCCAUGCACACUCCUCGGUAGUGAAGCAUCUACUCAAGUCCGGUGCCAAGACGGGCUCUCGGGCAGUCAAUGGCAAUACAGCUUUGAACUUCGCCCUGCUACAGGGCCACCAGAGUGUCCUGAAGCCUCUACUUGAGCGUGAUCCCACUUUGAUCUCGAUCGUAAAUGACUUAUCCCAAACACCGUUAUUUUUUGGUGCUAUUCGCGGAAGUUCGUCAGCAAUCAAGCUUUUGCUCGAGAGAGGUGCAGACGGUUGGGCUCUUGACAAGUUCAAUAACUCUGUCUUACAUCAUGUCGCGGCCACUGACAAAUCCAGCAUCUUGAAGCUACUUCUCGAACGUGGUGCGGACCUCAACUCGCAGAAUCCUGAAAAGCGCACACCUCUACACAUUGCCAUUGCUGGAGGCCAAAUCUCUGCUAUCAAGCUUUUAUUGGAACGAGGAUGUCGAGCAGACAUUCCCGACAGUCUCGGAAGGAGAGCACUUCAUGAAGCAGCUGUAUCAGGGAGCAAAUCUUGCACACAGUUGCUCCUGAAACAAAAAGUAGCUACUGAAGUGAGAGACAAUGACGGUCAAACAGCCCUGGUCCACGCCGUUCAAGGCCGUCACAUUGGCAUCGUCAAGCUCCUACUAGAAAGCAAGGCAGAUGUAAACGUGAAAGAUAAAGCCGGAUUCAGUGUACUCAUGAUCGCAGUCAAGGCUUGUGAAGAAAAGAUCGCAAAGCUACUCCUUGAGGGUGAUCAGGACCUGAAUUGGCUUAGUCACGAAGGGCAUACCGUCGCUUUUUACGCUGUUCUUAGGGGAAAGGCAGUGUCUCUUCUGUCAGCAGAAGAACAAUCGAUUGCUUCUCUCCUUCUCAGGCGUUACCAGAAGAAGUAUCCUGUAUGGAAUACGGAGUGGAGAGAGUGUCAGCGAGCGUUUCUGGCUGAGCACGGGAAGAAGAAGGAUGAAGCUAUAGGUUCCAAACUUGAGUCCAAGGUCAAGAGUAACGAGUUUCCCUCAAGCACACAGACUACAAAGCCUCACAAGCAGCAUAAACCCAAAAAGACGUUGAAAGAAGCAGGCACUGCAGCAAAUAUUGGACUUAAAAAAGCAUCACCCAAUACUGUUCCUGGAACUCAAGGUGGCUUGAAGCACCAACAGCACACAAAGCCCGCUGCUCAGCCUACGGCGGUGGCCAAGAACCAGCCCCAGGUGGUGAAACAUGCAUACCCUAUCCAUGCUCCUAAUAGUUUGGCGUCUAAGAACACAUCGGGUAUGCAGGAGCGUCAAACCCCUGGUACCAAUACCUCUGCUAUGUCUACAAGGCCACAGGGACGCGAAGCUCAGCAAAGCUCCUCGAUCGAGUCGUUCCAAACUACCCAGAUUUCCAGCGAUUAUGUAGGCGGAACGGGUAUGAGCAUUGGAGCGACCGCCCCGAAGGCCACGCAAGUUUCCCAAUCACAAAGUGCUACUUCUCCCGGGCCUAAAGGUCACAUAGUCCAAAGAAACAGCUGGGAUAUCUACAGUUCGCUCUCAGAAAGUUCCACGCCGAACCAGAUGUCUCAGAUGAUGAAGACACACAGCGCUUACGCUCCGUACUCCAGUACCCCUCAAAGAUCUUCAGGAGAUUCCAUCAAACCUUUCCAGCCGUUCCAGCCCAACGCAACUCAGGCAGGUUCCCCAGCAGCUUCGAGACCCUCGGUAGGCCAGUCCGAUUCCAGAUACUUCUUGCCCUCACAGGGGUCUUGGGAACACCCUAAAGCUGCUGGAACAAGCUAUUCCCCAACUCCGCAAGCAGUACCGCAGGCAUAUCAACCUUUAGGUUCCAAUCCCCAAAAGCCUGUUGCGUCACCUCAUCAAACCUAUGCUCCAUGCCAGAGUCCUGCCCAUCAAGUUGUGGGGAAGCCUACUAAUCCUCAAGGUAUCGGACGAAAGCCGGUUGGGGGAAACUCUGCAACACCUCCAAUGGCCGAAAGGCCGGGCAACCAGUCCCCCUUUCUCCCGUGGCAGGCACCUAAGCCUCCUGCUGGUGCAUAUCCUGCUGAUACAUCACAGAGCAAAACUCAAUCUAUCACCGGCACGGUACAAGCUAAACCAGCAGCCCAGGUUGUUUCGCAACAUCCUUCGUCUAAUAAACCUCAAGCUCAUGGUUUCGUUGCGCAAGGUAGGCCUCAGAUCGCGACUGGGAUAUACCAGCCUGUAACAACCCAAGCUCCAACUGGUAUGGCGCCAGGUAAACCCCAAGUCAAGGCUGGAACACCACGGGGCAAGGCUCAAGCUCCCCCAACGACAACACAACAUCAUUCAAAUAAACCACAGUCUCAGAUUUCAGCGCAAGGCCGGCCUCAAGUCGUUUCCGGAGCACCUCCGUCUCUACCGAGUAGGCCCCAAGUCUCAACUGGGAAGGGGUCAGGGAAACCUCAAGCACAAGCGGGAAGCCUGCAAGGCAGGCCUCAGGCUCAGUCAACGGCAACAGGUCCUUUUACAAACAAACCCCAACCACAAGCUCAAAGCGGCACAGCUCAAGGAAGGCCUCAGAUUUCUGCCGGGACACCUCAAUCUGUCACAAGCAAAGCACAAGGCCAACCCCAAGCUCCGUUUAAGACACCUCAGCCUCAAUCUAACAAGCCUCAAUUUCAAAGCGUUAUGGAUCCAGGGGGACAAAACAGGGCCAGUACCUAUCCAGCACCACCUCAUGCGAAGCCCCAGCCUUCUGCGUUUGUUAAGUAUCAAACGGCGGCUCCUGAGCAGAGAAACCCCAUCCUAACUCAACAUGUACCUGUUGCAGGGAGUGUGCCAUUUUCAGCGGGUGCCCCUAGACAAGUCAGUUACGUUCAGAACGAGUUUUCAUCGUCAGAGUGGAAGCCUGUGCCUGCAACAAGUCAUCACUAUGAGUCUUUCUCGUCAACGACACAGCAUGGUAAACAGGGGCCACUUCAAACAACUAGCUCCUCCAGAGAUCUUUCGGAAAGUCACAGCUCACUGUCAAACAAGAGUGAAAGUUCCUCUGGUGGUAAGGUUGCUGCAGCUGCCGGCAUUGGCAUCAUUGCUGGUGCAGCUGGUGGCUAUCUCCUUUCUUCUCAGAUGGACGAACAUCACUCUGAAUCGAACACUAUCAACAACUAUACUUACACAGACUACAACAAUGUGCAUCAGCAGCCUGCUUCGUAUGAUUCUGACCACCAGUUCUCGGACUUGGAAUCUCCUGCAGAGGAGUCAGAGCAUUCUGACGAGGUUUCCGAAUCGGAACAUUCUGACAAUGACGACGAUUCCGAGGACAGCAGCGAUGAAGAUAGGGCUAUCUCUCACAGAGAACUAGAGUUCACCGACUCUGAACACUCGGAUGGCCACAUGUCAUCAGAUGACGCUGAGGAUACAGAUGUGAACGAGUCAGAAGAGGAUGAUAAUGAGAUCUCAGACUCUGAAGAAGACGAACUUGACAGUCCGCAUAUGGCUGCCGGCUUCACAGACGAUGAUGCUUCAGAAGCAGGAUCAGAUGAUUUCCACGUAGAACUUGACUCAGACGCUGGUCUUGACUCAGAUGUUGGUCAAGAUGAGGGUGAGUCCUCGGUUUCUGAAGGUGAAAGCGACGCGCAGAAUGAUUUCGAUGAGGAUGGUGCAACGAAUUCAGAUGCAGGUAACGAUGAUGAGCAGCAUUUAGUCAUGCAGGAGCAGUAUCAAAACCAAGGCCACUUCCAGGAGCAAUACCAACCUCAAGGUCACUUUCAAGAGCAUUAUGAACCACAGGACAUCUUCCAGGAACAGCACCAGCCGCAGCAUCAACCACAGUACCAGCAGCAAGUGCCUGAACAAAGUGCCUCUGAAGACGAAGAACAAGAUGAGAGCGAUGGCAACGACGAGCAAGGUCUCAAUAGCGACGACUAUGGAGGUGGCCACUCUGCCGUGCCAGACUACGACAGCGAUGGACAGGUGGAGGCGGUUGGUGGACAAUAUGGUGGAGAAGAUUGGGGACAGGGAUAUGAAUCUGACUACUAA